AUGAGUGACACUUUGGACAAGAUUAAUAACUCAGAACAAUCUCCUGCUCUGUCCCAAAAUGUUGAUGCUACAACGGAACUAGACAGUUGUGAUGAUACAGUUGAGCCUCCAGUUCCUGAGGAGUAUCUCAGCGAAUAUGCAUUUUAUUGGAUAUCAUCCGAUGCAGUUUUGAGUAAGAGUUAUCAGUUGUUUGGUGCUAUUGUUUGGAAGGAAGUUAUAUGUCACAGUCGCCUAGGGGAAAUACACUUACUAACUGCUGUGUGA